GGGACCUUUUCUUCGGCCUGGUUGCUCCGGUAGUGGAGCCGGGACCGGAGAACUCUGAGGCGCCGGUGAGCGCCCGGCUGGAGCAGAAAAUUCAGUUUGUGCUCAGAACUGCUGGAAUUGGAUAGUGUGUGCCAUGUUCUCUAGUUUCCGGCGACCCCGCGAGCGCACAGCAGGAACCGUAACGAGAGGAGCUCUAAGGGAAGGCGCCGCAGCGAUCGCGCCGUGACCCAGCGCGGCCAUGGCCGGCUUCAUCAACUUCGCGGACGAGGAGGAGGUGCGGGCGUACCUGGAGAACCUGCACGUGGAGUACAGCUACCAGUGCUUCAAGGAGAAGGACCCGGACGGCUGCCAGCGCUUCGCCGAUUACCUGGACGCCGUGAGGAAGGACUUCGUGGCGGCGGCGCGGGUGCUGCGCGACAACUGCGAGGUGCACGGGCACAGCGAGAGCUGCUACAAACUGGGGGCCUACCAGGCCCUCGGCAAAGGUGGACUCAACCCAGAUUUGAAAGCUGCCUACAAAUCUUUCAUCAAGUCCUGUGAGAAAGGUGGGAAGAAGUCAGCAAAUGCGUGUCACAGCGCUGGGCUGCUGGCCCAGGACGGGAAAGCCAACGAUGGUCAGCCUGACCCUGUUGUUGCUAGAGACUAUUACACAAAAGCCUGUGAUGGCAAUUUUGCUCCCAGCUGCUUCAACCUGAGUGUGAUAUACCUGCAGGGAGCACCUGGGGUCCCCAAGGACAUGAGCCAUGCCUUGAAGUACUCGCUGAAAGGCUGUGAGCUGGGGCACGUGUGGGCUUGUGCCAAUGCCAGCCGCAUGUACAAACUGGGAGAUGGUGUUGAGAAGAAUGAUGCUAAGGCAGAGGAUCUGAAAAACAGGGCAAAACAGUUGCAUAAAGAACAGAAAGAAGCUGCAAGUUCUCUAACAUUUGGGGAGUAAAACUGGCAGUUUCAGAUAUUAAGACUGGUUUUUAAAUGACAAGUGAACUUGUUAUUUAAAUUGUGAGCGUACAGUUUUCAUUUAAAUAAAUAGUCUGGAUAUACAAAUAAAAUUAUAUUUUUGUGGAUACAACAAAUAACUGUCUCUGCUGUGCCUUUCUACGUUUUUGAGCACACAAAUUCUUAAGUGUGUUUUGCUUAGAUCCUUCCCGUCUUUUUAAGGAAGCCAAAAACUUGUGGUUUUUUGGGAAUAUUCCCCAUGGUUUCAAGCACAAAGGAUUUCUUUUGUGUCCAACGCUUCAAUAUCCAGGCUUGUGCUCUGACCAGUUCUAAGACACACAAAAAUCACAACUGCAGGUAAUCCCAGCUUGGGCAGUCUGAACUGUUCCAUCUCUCACAAGCGUUUUCAGAACUUUGAUAGCUGCACACUUGAGUGAGCUGCUCUAAGUCAUGGAUAUUAAUCUGUAAUUCCAUAGGUCUAGGCCAAUUCGUUUGUGACUCUGUAUCUACCUGUCGUAUGUGCCUGAGUGCUUUAGGCUGCUCUCCCAGCACAUGAUUGCCCCUUACUUUGUCACACACAAAUUGUUUUACCUUCCUGCUAGCUUCUGGAACCUUUUUUCUAGUUCAGAUUUAGGGAACAAGGUGCUAACUCAUCAGAUCUUGGACUCAAAUCCGUAACCUAUAUAUAUACAAACAGCAGCUAAACAUACAGAUUCUGGAACAGCUGUUUAAAUAAGCAGGGCAUAUUUAAACAGCAUAAGCAUAUUAAUGUGCUGACAGGAUCCUUUGGAAUUUUGGUGUGUGUAAAUACAUAUGAAGUUUGUGGUGUGUAUGUUUUCC